AUGGCCCAGUUUGGGGGUCAGAAGAACCCUCCGUGGGCGGCCCAGUUUGCUGCCACAGUGGUGUCCCAGCCCAGCCACUCAGGACAGUCCCUGGACCUCAACAGCCUACACUGUGAGUAUGACACUUUGCUGGAUAACUGUAUUUUAUUUUAUACUCUGUGCUCAUUGGUGGGAUAAAAUUAAAGGGGUUGAGGGUACAGUGCUUGAAGGAAACUGCGUCUCGGAUCUGUUUGGCAAAGUUUGUGAUGGAGGGGAUUCAGUGGUCAACUAGACAUUCAACGAUGUUAAAAGUACUGUACUUUUUAUUUCUCUCUCCUGCCAUUUUUUCCUCUUGUUUCUCGUUCUACCCGUCUUUCUAUCUCUCCAUUCCUCUCGCUUGCCCUACCUCCUCACUCCAUCCUCUUUCGGAAUUAUUCUAUUCCACACCCCACUCUCCCCUGCAGCUCUAGGUGUGCAGCAGCCAUCUCUCUUGGGUGCGUCUCCCUCUAUGUACUCCCAGCAGUCAGCCAUGGCUGCAGCCUCCCUCAACUCCCAGUCGGCUGCCGCUAACUACCAGUUGUCCCAGCAGACUUCAGCCCUGCAGCAGCAAGCUGCAGCCGCCGCAGCUGCAGCACUGCAACAGGUGAGCUACACUAGGAUCAGCAGGGCAGUGUUCAGUUAGGCACAAUGUAGCUAAACGUUCUCAAACAGAAUAUGAUAAUAUUUGUUGUUAUUGUAUAAGCUCAGGUAGUAACUCCAGUUUCGUGCCAAGUGAACACAACCCAUAGUCUCCAAAAUGGUGGGGAGAUUCCCCAUUGGUUGGUCACGGCUAAUUUCACUUAAAGUUUUUAAAAUGUUGUUUACUGAAGAAACAUUCCCAAUGAGAAACAUUAUUUGGGUCAGACAAACUGGUUUGGGAACCACAGUUACAGAGCUUGGUGAGAGGCCAUACCUCACUAGACUUGAAGAAGCUGUGUUGUUGGAAAACCUGUUCUGAUUUGUGAGUGAGUAAUGAAAUGAUUCAACUUAUAAAAUCCCCCCACCAUCAGACAGACCACUUUCUUUAGAUGCUGAGAAAAAUACCCCUUUUUUCUUCACUUGUCUCUAGUUGAGCAUGAAGUCACUUUAACUGUUCAGUAAAUAGUCUUCCCUUCAAAGUGACAUCACUCAUAUAAACCGCAACAGAACUCAAUGACCAAGGGCCAUUUCCUGAAAUUUCAUUCAAAAGAAAAAGAUGACACAUUUCGACUAGCUAGUAUCUUUGUCGACGUAUCACCUGCCUCAAACUAACAUCUGAGUCGUACCUUACGCGCUUGAGUCUGUCUAUCCAGACAGAGCAUCAACAUUUUACAUUUACAUUUUUGUCUUUUAGCAGCCAAUCUUAUCCAGAGCUUCUUACAGGAGCAGUUAAGGUUUAGUGCUUUGCUCAAGGGGACAGACAGAUUUUGCACCAAGUCGACUCAGGGAUUCGAACCAGCGACCUUUCGGUUACUGGCCUAACUCCCUUAACCGCUAGGCUACCUGCCUCCCCUGUCAUUUAACUUUUUCUCUCUCUGGCUCGUCUCUCCUAUUGUUUCAGUCUCAAAUCAACUCGGCCCUGCAGCAGUAUCAGCAGCAACAGCAACAACCUCCUCCACAGCAGCAGCCGCCUCCUCAGCAGCUCUACAAUGUAACCCAUCAGGUGAGACACAUUGCCAAUACACCACGUGAAAUAUCCUGUUCUAGGUUGAGUAGGAUGAAGUUGCACUUAGAAGCUAUUGAUCUAAUGUGCGUUUUGAGUUUUGCCCCUAAUGGCUAUAGUUGGAGGAAGAUGUCAUAUGACAAUCAAUCCAGAAUUCCUAAUUUCAUCAAUCUCUGUCCUAAUGAUCACAUCUUGCCUUUUUAGUUGUACAAAAUAUUCUGUUUCCCUGUCAUGGAGUCAGUAAUGUAAUGUGAUGUUCUGUGGUGGACAUUGGUACUGUUUUAAAGGCUUUGAGAAUGCCACUGGGUCUUAUCUGGUGUAGUGCUCUGUUGCUUGGUAGUUUGUUACAUGUUUUUGUUGCUUGGAUUGUAAAUGAAUUAGAGCUCGUCAGCAAAACUGGCAGAGUGUCAGAACUUUAAGAACGCUGUGUGUUCUAACCCAGAGCAGCCAGUUCAUAUCACGUAAGGUAGACCACUCACUCAAUGGGUUUCACUUAAGUAAAAUACAUUUGCCUCACUGUUUGUCAAAUCAGAUUUGUUAGAUGCUAGACGCUGCUGCACAGUUUUCCCUCUUAUUCUCUUUGACCUCGUCCAAUGUAGUAUUUGUCUUAUAUGUUAUAUAAUUUUUUUGGUGCAAAUUAUUGAUGUACAUCUCUGAAUCACCCACUUAUCAUGAAAAAGACCUUGCUAAUGCUGGUCGCUUGAUAUGUAUCAAUCAACAAAUAUAUUGUUUACGCAAUUAAAUACACUACGUGACCAAAAGUAUGUGGACACCUGCUCGUCGAACAUCUCAUUCCAAAAUCAUGGGCAUUAAUAUGGAGUUCUUCCCCCCUUUGCUGCUAUAAUAGCCUCCACUCUUCUGGGAAGGCUUUCCACUAGGUGUUGGAACAUUGCUGCGGGGACUUGCUUCCAUUCUGCCACUGAUGUUGGGCGAUUAGGCCUGGCUCGCAGUCGGUGUUCCAAUUCAUCCCAAAGGUGUUUGAUGGGGUUGAGGUCAGGGCUCUGUGCAGGCCAAUCAAGUUCUUCCACACCGACCUCGACAAACCAUUUCUGUAUGGACCUCGCUUUGUGCACGGGGGCAUUGUCAUGCUGAAACAGGAAAGGGCCGUCCCCAAACAGUUAACACAAAGUUGGAAGCACAGAAUCGUCUAGAAUGUCAUUGUAUGCUGUAGCAUUUAGAUUUCCCUUCACUGUAAUUUAGGGGCCUAGGCCGAACCAUGAAAAACAGCCCCAGACCAUUAGUCCUCCUCCACCAAAAUGUACAGUUGGCACUAUGCAUUGGGGCAGGUAGCAUUCUCCUGGCAUCCGCCAAACCCAGAUUAGUCCGUCGGACUGCCAGAUGGUGAAGAGUGAUUCAUCACACCAGAGAACGCGUUUCCAUUGCUCCAGAGUCCAAUGGCGGCGAGCUUUACACCACUCCAGCCGAUGCUUGGCAUUGUGCAAGGUGAUCUUAUUUCAUGAAGCUCCCGACGAACAUUUAUUGUGCGGACGUUGCUUCCAGAGGCAGUUUGGAACUCGGUAGUGAGUGUUGCAACCGAGGACAUAUGAUUUUUACGCGUUUCAGCACUCAGCGGUCCCAUCCUGUUAGCUUGUGUGGCCUACCACUUCGCGGCUGAGACGUUGUUGCUCCUAGACGUUUCCACUUCAAAAUAACAACACUUACAGUUGACUGGGGCAGCUCUAGCAGGGCAGACAUUUUACAAACAGACUUUUUGGAAAGGUGGCAUCCUAUGAUGAUGCCACGUUGAGCUCUUCAGUAAGGCCAUUCUACUACCAGUGUUUGUCUAUGGAGAUUGUGCUCGAUUUUAUAUACCUGCCAGUAACGGGUGUGGCUGAAAUAGCCAAAUCCACUAAUUUGAAGGGGUGUCCACAUACUUUAGCGUAUAUAUAGUGUACUUAUUGCAAAUUAUUAUAGUACUUUUUUGUUUGUACUUUUACCCCCUUUUGUGAUAUCCAAUUGGUAGUUACAAUCUUUUCCCAUCACUGUAACUCCCGUACGGACUCGGGAGAGGCAAAGGUCAAGAGCCAUGCGUCCUCUGAAACACGACCCUGCCAAGCCGCACUGCUUCUUGACACACUGCUCGCUUAACCCGGAAGCCAGCCACACCAAUGUGUCGGAGGAAACACUGUACAACUGGCGACCGAAGUCAGCUUGCAGGCGCCCGGCCCGCCACAAGGAGUCGCUAGAGCGCGAUGGGACAAGGACAUCCUAGGCCGGCCAAACCCUCCCCUAACCCGACAGACGCUGGGCCAAUUGUGCGGCGCCUCAUGGGUCUCCAGGUCACGGCCGGCUGUGACAGCCUGGGAUCGAACCCGGGUCUGUAGUGAUGCCUCAGACCGCUGCGCCACUCGGGAGGCCCCACUUAUUGCAAUUUCUGCGUGUGUACCCCGUCUCAUCAGCAACAUACAGACUCAUACGGGGGUAAAUUAUUGAUGUGCAACUCACACAGACAACUCUGAAUCGCCUUGAUUUGAGAAAGUUCAAAGUCAUGUAGGGCUGGGGCGGCAAACUGUAAAAGAAAACCCGAUAUACCGGUAUUCAUUCAGACCGGUUUGGAUUUUUACUUUACCUAAUCACUCAAAAAAUUUAUGUUAAUCAUCCGUUUUUAUCGCCAGUAAGAAACUUGUAACAGCUGCGAACUGCUGUCUAACUUUCUAGCACAACAAUUCAACAACUUCGGGAGGGCAAGCUUGCCAGAUAUACCCCCGGAAAGCCACCCCUAGUGGUGAAAGUAAGAACUGCAACUGAAGCUGAUAAUACAGUCAAAGAUGAUAAUAAUUAUUCUCAUAAAGGGCCUCCCGAGUGGCUCAGCGGUCUAAGGCACUGCAUCGCAGUGCUUGAGGCGUCACUACAGACCCGGUUUCGAUCCCAGGCGGUGUCAUAACUGUCAGUGACCCGGGAGUCCCAUAGGGCGGUGCACAAAACCACUCAGUUGUCAUCUCCACCACUGACCACCCGCUACCCUUGCUUAACCUACCCAAACCUAUUAACCUGAUGCGAGUCGGAGUAAAACAAAGAAAAACAAAACAACAGCAACCUGCAAAACAAGACAUAUAGACGUACAAGACAUUCAACAGGUACUGGUAGGGACAGCUAGACAGGACAGGACUGGACAGUUACAAGAAAACAUAUAACAAUUUGGUUGCAUUUUGGUUAAACAUUUUAAAGCAAUCAGAAUGGAGAAAGACCAUUAAAACUACUUAGAAUUAAGAAACAUCAAAUACAUAAAAUACCGUCAAAAAUACAAAGAAUAUAGUGAUAUGAUAUUUUGGACAUAUCGCCCAGCUCUACCUGUAGGAACCUGCAAUUUACCACAGGUGAGAUAUAUUACCAGUCAAACCGUCAAAAACAUUUUUUUUACUUUGAAGUGAAAAAUCUAAAUUUCUGUAGAUUUUCUUUUCUUGGUCCUGUACAGUUAACUUUAUUUUUUCAAAUUCUUAACUUAUUUGAGAAGAAAUUGUGAAUGGUGCAACGGUGCCAAUAUAUAUUUUAUCGCAUCUGUGUAUUUUAGUGUCAUUGUCAGGUCUGUAUUACCCAUAAUGCAUAUUUAGAACUUUUAUUAUUCUGAAAACAUCAAACUGUCAAACAGUCAAAAAGAAGAACAUUCCAGUGAUAUGAUAUUUUGGCCAUAUGCUCAUAUGUAUCAAUCAACUGUACUGUUUACUCAAUGAAAUACUUAUUGCAAUUUCUACGUGUUUGUGUACCCUGUCUCUUCAGCAACAUCAACAACAUACAGACUCAUACGGGGUAAAUUAUUGAUGUUUGCAACUCACAGACAACUCUGAAUCGCCUUGAUUUGAGAAAGGCCAUACUCAUUAUGUAUCAAUCAACGCAUUCGGAAAAUAUUCAGACCCCUUCACUUUUUCCACAUUUCGUUACGUUACAGCCUUAUUCUAAAAUGCAUAAAUCUACACACAAUACCCCAUAAUGACAAAGCAAAAACAGUUUUUUAUAAAAUGUUGCAAAUGUAUUACAAAUAAAAAAACGGAAAUAUCACAUUUACAUAAGUAUUCAGACCCUUUACUCAGUACUUUGUUGAAGCACCUUUGGCAGUGAUUACACCCUUGAGUCUUCUUGGGUAUGACACUACAAGCUUGGCACACCUGUAUUUGGGGAGUUUCUCCCAUUUUUCUCUGCAGAUCCUCUCAAGCGCUGUCAUGUUGAAUGGGGAGCGUCGCUGCACAGCUAUUUUCAGGUCUAUCCAGAGAUGUUCGAUCGGGUUCAAGUCCGGGCUCUGGCUGGGCCACUCAAGGACAUUCAGAGACUUGUCCCGAAGCCACUCCUGCGUUGUCUUGGCUGUGUGCUUAGGGUCGUUGUCCUGUUGGAAGGUGAACCUUCGCCCAAGUCUGAGGUCCUGAGUGCUCUGGAGCAGGUUUUCAUCAAGGAUCUCUCUGUACUUUGCUCCGUUCAUCUUUCCCUCGAUCCUGACUAGUCUCCCAGUCCCUGCCUCUGAAAAACAUCCCUACAGCAUGAUGCUGCCACCACCAUGCAUCACCGUAGGGAUGGUGCCAGGUUUCCUCCAGACGUGAUGCUUGGCAUUCAGACCAAAGCGUUCAAUCUUGGUUUCAUCAGACCAGAGAAUCUUGUUUCUCAUGGGCUGAGAGUCCUUUGGGUGCUUUUUGGCAAACUCCAAGUGGGCUGUCAUCUGCCUUUUACUGAGGAGUGGCUUCCGUCUGGCCACUCUAUCAUAAAGGUCUGAUUGGUGGAGUUCUGCAGAGAUGUUUGUCUUUCUGGAAGGUUCUCCGAUCUCCACAGAGGAACUCUGGAGCUCUGUCAGUGACCAUCGGGUUCUUGGUCACCUCCCAAGGCCCUUCUCCGCCAAUUGCUCAGUUUGGCCAAGCGGCCAGCUCUAGGAAGAGUCUUGGCGAUUCCACCCUUUUCCAUUUAAGUGAUGGAGGCCACUGUGUUCUUGGGGACCUUCAAUGCUGGAUAAAUUUUUUGGUACUCUUCCCCAGAUCUGUGCCUCGACACAAUCCUUUCUCGGAGCUCUACGGACAAUUCCUUCGACCUCAUGGCUUGGUUUUUGCUCUGACAUGCACUGUCAACUUGUAUAUUGACAGGUGUGUGCCUUUCCAAAUCAUGUCCAAUCAAUUGAAUUUACCACAGGUGGACUCCAAUCAAGUUGUAGAAACAUCUCAAGGAUGAUCAAUGGAAACAGGAUGCACCUGAGCUCAAUUUCGAGUCUCAUAGCAAAGGGUCUGAAUACUUAUGUAAAUAAGGUAUUUCUGUUUAUUUUUAAUACAUUUGCAAAUAUUUCUAAAAACUUGUUUCCGCUUAGUCAUUAUGGGGUAUUGUUUAGAUUGAGAUUUAUUUAUUUAAUCCAUUUUAGAAUAAGGCUGUAACGUAACAAAAUGUGGAAAAAGUCAAGGGGUCUGAAUACUUUACGAAUGCACUGUAUGCAUCAAUCAACAAAUGUAUUGUUGACUCAAUGAAAGACUUAUUGCAAUUUCUACGUGUUUGUGUACCCCAUCUCUUCAGCAACAUCAACAACAUACAGACUCAUACGGGGUAAAUUAUUGAUAUUUACAAAUCACACAGACAACUCUGAAUCGCCUAGAUUUGAGAAAGGCCAUACUCAUGAUAUGUAUCAAUCAACAAAUGUAUUGUUGACUCAAUGAAAGACUUAUUGCAAUUUCUACGUGUUUGUGUACCCCGUCUCUUCAGCAACAACAACAACAACAACAUACAGACUCGUACAGGGUAAAUGAUUGAUGUUUGCAACUCACAGACAACUCUGAAUCGCCAUGAUUUGAGAAAGGCCAUACUCAUGAUAUGUAUAAAUCAACACUACUGUUGACUCAAUGAAAGACUUAUUGAAAUUUCUACGUGUUUGUGUACCCCAUCUCUUUAGCAACAACAACAACAUACAGACUCAUACGGGGUAAAUUAUUGUUGUUUGCAACUCACACAGACAACUCUGAAUCGCCUUGAUUUGAGAAAGGCCAUACUCAUGAUAUGUAUCAAUCAACACUGUACUAUUGACUCAAUGAAAGACUUAUUGCAAUUUCUACGUGUUUGUGUACCCCGUCUCUUUAGCAACAUCAACAACACACAGACUUGUACGGGGUAAGCAGCAGCAGUUCACAGACGCAGCACAGUCAAAUCACAAGGCCAUUUAUGCUUGGUGCUGGUGUGUGGAAUGUACUCUUCUACAGACACUGUCAGUAUUAACUUCUCUACUUCUCUCACCCUCCCUCCUCUGUCUCUCACCCUCUCUCCUCUGUCUCUCACCCUCUCUCCUCUGUUUCUCACCCUCUCUCCUCUGUCUCUCACCCUCUCUCCUCUGUCUCUCUCUCCUCUCUCCUCUUGUCACUCUCCACAGCUCCCCCAGCCCCAGCAAGCGCUGAUUUCACAGGUAGGAUAAUUAGGAACAAACUAGUUUCUGGUACAUUUAAAUAACCUUUUAGCUAAAGUAAUGCAACUGAAGUCAGCUUGUCUUGAGGAUAAUUAUUUAGUCCAACAUAAUAGGUCUAAGAAGAUGCCAUUUUGUCAUGAAAAUUCCAAGAGCUCUCUGGUUAUACGGAGGUGGUGAUUUUGGAAGCAUGCGGUACAAUACAACCCAAAGAUAUUGGGGAAAGAAUUGUGAUUACAUCCUAACGCGGCCUUGUCUCCUUUUCUGCCGCCUGCGCUGAUGUUGAAAGAACUGGAGUGGUGAAAACAAAUUCCCGGUAGGCAUUCCCGCCUUAUCACUUUACCUAUACAAGUUUCAGUUUUUAACCUUCUUCAUAGCAUACAGCCAAAUACAAUGUGACGUGUAUGGCCACAAUGAGACAGAGUAAUAAUCAACACCUCUGGUAAAUGAGGACAUUUGAUUCCAAUAAAUCCCAAAUAACAUGAUCUGCUCCGUAUAGACACUUCCAGCAGUUAGAUACACAUGUUUUGAAUUUAGUGGGCUUGAUUAGGGUUACAAAAUUCCAGUUACUUUCCCAAAAUUCCAAGGUCUACCAGAAAUCCUGGCUGGAAGAUUCCAGCUUUUCUGCCUAUUCCCUCCUGAUUCCAGGAAUCCUCCAACCAGGUUGUCGGAAAAUCGAAACAAUUUGGGAAAGUUACCAGAGUUUUGCAACCCUAGGCUUGAUACAAUCCACACAUUUAGGACUAAUAGAGAAGGUAGGAGUAGGAUGAAGUUGCUGACCUAUAACUUUCCUCCUCCUCCCCAGCCCCCCGUGGCUCUCCCCACCAGCCUCUCUCUGUCCAACCCCCAGCAGACAGCCCAGAUCACCGUGUCCUAUCCCACGCCUCGCUCCAGCCACCAGCAGCAGAGCCAGCAGCAGAGCCAGCAGCAGAGCCAGCCCCAGAAGCAGCGCGUCUUCACUGGCGUGGUCAACAAGCUUCACGACACCUUUGGCUUUGUGGACGAGGACGUCUUCUUCCAGCUCAGGUAAGUGUCCAGUCUCUGCCUCUCUAGCCCAAGCCCUCUCAGAUCUCCACAAGUGCAUAGGGUCUAGGAGUCCAUUUGGGAUUGGGCCACAGAAGACUUAGCUAGAUGUUUUACAUCAAGUGUCUUAUUACAUCGGACCAGUACCUUUUUUCCAUGGGUUUUCUAUAUUUUGCUGGUCGCAUCCCUGAUUUGUGUACCAUUAUUCUAAAGCAGAAAUGUAUUUUUCAAGUCUCCAUAUAUUGCAGUUUCUAAAGCAUUUCCAAGUGGGUGAAUAAUGGGUGUUGUCUCCACAGUGCAGUGAAAGGGAAGACCCCCCAGGUGGGCGACAGGGUCCUAGUGGAGGCCGUGUAUAACCCCAACAUGCCCUUCAAAUGGAACGCCCAGCGCAUUCAGACCUUACCUCAGCUGGCCAACCAAUCGGUGAGCCUCACCUAGCCUCCACAGACACCUGGGGUCACAUUCAGUAGACAUGAAGUGAAACUGAAGAAAAGAUUUGUCUCCCCACUGAACGUGAUCCUGGUGGCCCUUACCCAGUGACAUCUUAGACCUCGAUUUGAGUUCUUCCAGGGUUUGGUUCCAAUUUGAUCAUUGUCUCUCUCAGGGACUCGUCACUUUUCGGCGAUAUUCGCCGUUUUGAUUUCAAAAUGGGUAAUCUGCGUAGAUCCGAAGAAAAUAAAAUGUUGGUGGGGGGGUGUAUGUUUCUCAUAUCGAAAUCAUUGACUAAGCACAGAAUGCUUCCCUGCGCUUCCUACAAUGAGAAUAUCAAACCGAGUUCAGAGCGUGAUGUCAGAUAUGCCAUAGUGCUUCAUCCAUUAUCAUGUGUGACAGCUUGUGUGAUCAGCUGCAUCACCUAACCAGCCAUUAGCAUCACGGCUAAAUUCCAUUUUAAAGCGGAUGGAGAUGUGCAGAAAGAGCGGGCGGAGAGAAAUUUGCACAUUCGCCUUCUCAUCUGCUUCUCGCCAUCCGCAUCUCCGUCAAUUUUAAAAUGUAAUUUAGCCGUGAUGACGAUCUGGGGUGUGCAGACAGUGAUGAGGCUUCUGUUACAUGUUAUUAUUGGAGCGAUGUAGAUACACGUAUCUUUUAAUUCCGCCUGUAAGAACAAGAACAAGAGCACAGUCCAGUCUGACUAGGCUUCGCUGUCACGCAGCCUCUGAGUGCCACUGCCAUAGAGGAAGAACGGAGCACAGUGACAGUCACGCCUGCGCCUUUACAUCGCUGAAAACCGUGUGUCUCUAGACCAAACCACUCAAAAGUUAUGCCCGAUAUUACCGGAGAUAAUCUUCCCUUUCUACCACGAGUUGAUGCGCAUUUUAUAUAAUUCCAUAAACCAUGUCGCGGGCCGUUUUUAAACUACUCGUGCGCCGUUAGUUUUUUGUUUGAUAACAAACAAGCUUGUUUAGUCAUGUUACCUAGAUAGCUAACAACCUGGUAACUUGGCUAUGCAUAGGACAGACAGCCUAGUCAAAGAGACGCUUCAAAGGUAGGAUGCCUAAUCAAUGUCAUUCUAAUCUAUAUCGAAAUAAAACAUCUGUAUAUUUUUCUGGUGUUCCUUAAAUUCAGUUUGGUGCCUAACUUUUGGGAGCUGUGUGUGUGUGUGUGUGAGAGAGGUUGUGUGUGAGGGAGGGAGGGAGGGAGAGUGUGUGUGAGGGAGGGAGGGAGGGAGAGUGUGUGUGUGUGAGGGAGAGUGUUGGCUAUUUGUGUACAGUUGUCUGACGAGUAGGCUAAUUAUGGUUUCAUAUAGUGUGUUUUCCUCCUUAUUGCUUCAAUGAAAAUGCAGAUUAUGCAUUUCUAUUCCCUCCUGCCCAAUCACAGCUAGGCCUUUGGAUAUGAACAGUAGCUUUAUCUAUUAUACAGUAAACCGUGUGAAGUUAAAUUCAAUGUGUUGUAUUGAGUAGAGGUGUGAAUAUCAGGGACAGGUUUUUGUGUCGUACACAUGCAGAACGUAUAAAAAAACGGGAUUGUGACAUUGUACCUUGUAUCACAUCGUUAGUAAAGUGUUGGUAACGUGACAACCCCUCUCUGAACAUAAGCACAUUUCCUUGCAGUUUACACAGAAUUUUCCCAUGUUUCCAUGUCAACUUUUUGGGCCCUCGCCAGUUUGCAUCCUUGUCUCUCUUCCCGUCUGCCCUGGUUGACUCACUCUCUCAGAUUUAAAAUGUAAUGUAACCCUACAAGAAGUAUAGAUGGAGCCAUUUCCAUAUUCACCCUCCGAUCUUAGAGGGGGCCUCAAUUAGUGCAGAAGUGAAGUUUGAGAGUGAUCAGAUUGGAACAGAUGGUUGUGUAUCUGUUAUUAACCACUUUGUUCUCCACCCUCCUAGCAUCAGCAGCAGCCCCAGUCCUUACCUCCAGUUCCCCCACAGCUGAGCAGCUUCUAUGCUGACCCGGGGAUGCAGCAGCGCUACUCAGAUAUGCACCCCGUCGGCAUGGACAGCAGACAAAAUGUAACUCUCUCUCCCCGCCUUUCUCUCUCUCUCUCCUCUCUCCGCCAUACACCCGCCCCCCCCUUCAACUGCUCUCUCUCUCUCUCCUCUCUCUCCCCGCCUUUCCUCCCUCUCUCUCCCGCCUUUCUCUCUCUCUCUCCGCCUUCUUCUCUCUCUUUCUUCUCUCCCGCCUUCUACUCUCAUCUUCUCUCUCUCUGCCUUAUCUCUUCUCUCUCUCUCUGCCUUACUCUCUCUCUAUCUCUAUCUCUCUCUUACUCUCUCUCUCUCUCUCUCUCUGCUUUUCCUCUCUCUCUCUCUUCCUCUCUGCCUUAACUCUCUCUCUCUCUCUCCCCUUCUCUGCUCACUCUACUCUCUCUCUUCUCUCCUUCUCCCCUUACUCCUCCUCUCUCUCUCACUCUUCUCUUCCGCUCUCCCCUCUCUCUCUCUCUCUCUUACUCUCUAUCUAUCUCGUCCUUCCUCCUUCCCUUCCUCUCUCCUCUCUUCUCUCUCCUUGACUCCCUCUCUCUCCUCUCUCUCUCCUCUCUCUCUCUCUCUCUCUACUUCUUAUCUCCUCUCCUACUCUCUCUCUCUCUCUAUCUCUCCUGCUGCCUACUCUCUCUCUCUCUCUGCCUUACUCUCUCUCUCUCUGCUUUACUCUCUCUCUCUCCCUCUCUCUCUCUGCCUUACUCUCUCUCUCCGCCUUACACUCUCUCUCUCUCUCCGCCUUACACUCUCUCUCUCUCUCCGCCUUUCUCUCUCUUUGCCUUCUCUCUCUCUCUGCCUUACUCUCUCUCUCUCUCUAUCUCUGGCUACUCUAUCUCUCUCCGCCUCACCUCCUAUCUCUUCCGCCUUACCUCUCUCUCCUCUCUGCCUUACUCUCUCUUCUCUCUCCUCCUCCUCUCUCUCUCUCUCCCCUUACACUCCUCUCUCCUCUCUCUCUUCUCUCUCUCUCUCAGCCUUACUCUCUUUCUCUCUCAGCCUUACUCUCUUUCUCUCUCUCUCUUUUCUGUCCUUCUUUCUUCAUACAUCCUCCUGCUUCUUUCUGAUGCCUGUGCUUCUCCCUCUUCUUCUCUCCUGUUCUCUCUCAUCUUUCUCUUCCUUCUUCACUCUGAGGAUUCAUUUGUGUUUUUGACCAAAAUGGCUUCCUGAUCAAUUAAAGCUCAUAGGACAUAGCGUUGAAUACUUUUAUAAAUACAUUUUUAUCUAUGGUCUUUCCGAAAAAAAUUCAGAAACACCAAAGAAUGCCAUCUACAUUUCUCUUUACACUUAUUUUUUGGCCUUCUCUAACGGUGAAAUCCGUCAAUCUCUCAACGGGGGGAAUGUGCUUUUAUAGGUGCUAUCCAUAAGAUGGCCUGUCAUUGUUCAUUUAGGCUAAUGAGAGAGUCCCAUUGAGAUAGUCAUGCGUUUUGUGUUUUUCUCUUACAUUUUUUGAGACAUUACAGUAGUUAAAUGAACAAAUACUUGGAUGUCUAGGAUUUCUUACAGAAUGCACUUUUGACACUUUUUCUUCACUUCUAACCCUUUCUUUUUCAAUGUUAUGAUGAAUACAUGAUUUUCAUACAUGAUAUGCACUUUUUCACCAUACAAACAGGUUAGGAACUCUCCAUACACUUCUCCAUACAUCUCACAGAAAGCCAUACACCGAUUAUUCCAGAGUUUUAUAACUUGACCUUUUUGUAGUUGUCCCCUACCAUGAAAUCGGGAGGGGACAGUGGAUCGGUCUCCGUCCAUACGUUUGUUUGUAUGUUAGUCACACGCGAUAUCUCAGACAGCACUGGACAGAUUUUGAUGAAACUUGGGUGAAUGAAGCGUCUUGCCAUAGAGAUCCGGCAUUUAAAAAAGUAUACUGACUGGCCAGAUAGUGGCGCUAUAACAAGAGAUUGAAAAUGCAAACUUUGAAAGGUCACGCCCCUCACCCCGUUUAACCUAAAGUAAUGACAUUCGGUACAUAGGUCCCUCUCCUCACAAGGAACAUUUUGCCUCAGGAUUUUCCACCAUUUAGAAUCUUGCGAAAAACACUUAAAACGCUACACUUCUGACACCGAAUGACCGAUCUGCACGAAACUUGAUAUGUGGCAUCUACGGACAAAGGUCUCUCGACUCAAUAUUUUCCAUACUAGUACCUAAAACAACAUGGCUGCUAUUGACCAAUAAACAUUCACGUGGGCGUGGUCUGGCAUAUACAUUUGUCAAGGGUAUUCGUAUUGUAACACAAUUUGGUACACAUGUUGCAAACACAGUCAAUACUCAACAUUUGAAAGAACAUUCAUAUCAACCACAUGGUGGCACAAUAAGGGGCACAUGAUUAUAUCUCUUGAACUGUUUGACUCGGAGUGCUGAAAUUUGGCACACAUGCAAUUUGAGUAUUGCUAACCCACACGAUAUCUGACACCACUUUUGACGAAACUUGGGUGAAUGAUGAGUCUUGCCAUAGAUAUCCGCCAUUUACAAAAUUACACUGAUAGGCCCAAGGGGGUCGCUAUAGUAAUCAACGUAAAUUCUGAAAUUUGAACAAGCAUAUCUCCUGUCCCGUUUGUCAUCAUUCGUGGGGGACAACAUGUUUACUGUUGCCUUGUUUCUUUGUGGAACUUGUCCUUGUCUUUGCAGAUAAUGAUGACUGAAUAUAUGCUACUUCGGCAGUAGUUUUCUUGUUUUUUUGACAGAAUUGAGUCCCUGUACCUGAUUGACACAUAGCAUGACUGCACCAGCUCCCCCCAAAAAUGUUGCUGAAAAAAAGACGUCUAACCAAACCUUACUCCUCUAGUUCUGUUUUGCUUUAGCACACGGUUACCUGUUGGCAGCGACACAAACCUCUGGUUAAUUUGGUGGAUGUCCUCUAUGCAUAAUUAAGCACAUUUCUUAAACUAAAAGCUCCUACAGUACCAGUCAAAAGUUAGGACACACCUACUCAUUCAAGGGUUUUUCUUAAUUUUUACUAUUUUCUACAUUGUAGAAUAAUAGUGAAGACAUCAAAACUAUGAAAUAAGACACAUGGAAUCAUGUAGUAACCAAAAAGGGUAGGGGGGUGGUAUACAGAAGACAGCCCUGUUUGGUAAAAGACCAAGUCCAUAUUAUGGCAAGAACAGCUCAAAUAAGCAAAGAGAAAUGACAGUCCAUCAUUACUUGAAGACAUGAAGGUCAGUCAAUAUGGAAAAUGUCAAGAACUUUGAACGUUUCUUCAAGUGCAGUCGUAAAAACCAUCAAGCGCGAUGAUGAAACUGGCUCUCAUGAGGACCACCACAGGAAUGGAAGACCCAGAGUUACCUCUGCUGUAGAGGAUAAGUUCAUUAGAGUUACCAGCCUCAGAAAUUGCAGCCCAAAUAAAUGCUUCACAGAAGUCAAGUAACAGACACAUCUCAACAUCAACUGUUCGGAGGGGACUGUGUGAAUCAGGCCUUCAUGGUCGAAUUGCUGCAAAGAAACCACUACUAAAGGACACCAAUAAGAAUAAGAGACCUGCUUGGGCCAAGAAACCCGAGCAAUGGACAUUAGACCGGUGGAAAUGUGUCCAUUGCUCUGGAGUCCAAAUUUGAGAUUUUUGGUUCCAACCGCCGUGUCUUUGUGAGACGUGGUGUGGGUGAACGGAUGAUCUCUGCAUGUGUAGUUCCCACCGUAAAGCAUGGAGGAGGAGGUGUUAUGGUGUGGGGGUGCUUUGCUGGUGACACUGUGAUUUAUUUAGAAUUCAAGGCACACUUAACCAGCAUGGCUACCACAGCAUUCUGCAGCGAUACGCCAUCCCAUCUGGUUUGGGCUUAGUGGGACUAUCAUUUGUUUUUCAACAGGACAAUGACCCAACACAACUCCAGGCUGUGUACGGGCUAUUUUACCAAGAAGGAGAGUGAUGGAGUGCUGCAUCAGAUGUCCUGGCCUCUACAAUCCCCCAUCCUCAACCCAAUUGAGAUGGUUUGGGAUUAGUCAGACCGCAGAGUGAAGGAAAAGCAGCCAUCAAGUGCUCAGCAUAUGUGGGAACUCCUUCAAGACUGUUGCAAAAGCAUUCCAGGUGAAGCUGGUUGAGAGAAUGCCAAGUGUGUGCAAAGCUGUCAUCAAGGCAAAGGGUGGCUAUUUGAAGGAUCUCAAAUAUAAAAUAUAAUCUGCUUUGUUUAACACUUUUUUUGGUUACUACAUGAUUCCAUAUGUGUUAUUUCAUAGUAAAAAAUGGUACAAAUAAAGGAAAAUCCUUGAAUGAGUAGGUGUGUCCAAACUUUUGACUGGUACUGUAUAUAGGACAAGAAAUCAAAACAAAAACACUCUGAUAACAUACUUCAUGGAACGGCCCUGGGAUAAUGCUAACCUUUCCCCUCUCUCCCCCCUCUCCAGAGCCAGCCUCCAGGCACCAACAUGAUGAAGCCGGGCCCCAACAUGCUCCAAUCUCUGCCUCCCCCCAACACUUUCAGUGUACAGGCCCAGGGCCCCCCUCCUCCCCUGCUCCAGGCCCAGCUCUCUGCAGCCUCCCUGGCCCCGCUCCUCAAGAACCCCCCUCCGCCUCUGCUGUCACAGCCACCACCCAAAGGUAGGGGGCGCUAUGAUGGUGAUUUGUGUUUCUCUGAUGCUUUUGGUUUGAGUUGGUAACGUGCUACUUCUGCAGAAAAUAAAGAAAUGAUGAUUUGUUAUAUCUGUCUGUCUGUGUGUGUAUUUGUCUGUCUCUCUCUCUGUGUGUGUUUCCCCCUCCCUCUAGAUGUGUUCUCAGGUGGUCUGCUUCAGCCCCCAAGGAGGAUGAUGCCUCAGCCCGUCAGGCGGCUGGACCCCUCCCCCCGCUUUCCCAACCGCAACGACCGCCCUGAACUCAUCCUCAGGACCAAGGAUGAACGCAGUCGUGAAAGAGACCGUGAGCGCAGGAGGUCCAGAGAGCGCUCUGUCACACGUAAACGCUCCAGGGACCGUUCUCCGAGACGUGACCGCUCCCCCCGCCGCCCUCGCAAGGUGGUGCCUCGCUAUACCGUGCAGUUCUCCAAGUUCAGCCUGGACGGGUGGGUCAACGAUUCAUUAUGAUGAUUGAUCCGUUUCAGCUUUUGAUUGAUACGAUCUCUGGGUCAGGGGUCAGUUUACUUUAGAACUUUGUGUGUAGUGGACUGUAUAUAUUCAUGGGGUAUUGGCAUCCUCUCUGGGCCUCUUACAGUUUUCAUACAUCCUUCAUUCUGUCCCUGUUGUUUCUGAUAGUUAUAAAGAAAGUCCAUAUGAGGAGGUCAAUUGAGUUUGUAUAAAAUAUGUUUGGUAAUUGAUUGAAAAACCAAUUUGUGUCGUAGCUGCAUUGAAGUGGAUCCCAGGUGUCCUUCAUCCAUUCUAGAACCAUUUGCAGUGACUGUACAUUUGGUAGAACGGUACUAUUUUCUCUGACAGAAGCAUUUCUCUCCCCUCCAGUUCUAACUGUGACAUGAUGGAGCUGAGGAGACGCUACCAGAGCCUGUACAUCCCCAGUGACUUCUUUAAUGCUGUGUUCACCUGGGUGGAUGGCUUCCCCCUGCAACGACCCUUCCAGUUCGGCAACUACUGUAACUUCCACAUCAUGCACAAGGAGGUAGACUCUCUGGUCAAGAACACUGCGGUGCUGGACCCUCCAGAUGCCAACCACACAUACAGUGCUAAGGUGGGGUAUACACACAGACAGGCUGCAUGCACAUGUACACACACACACCAGGGUUUCCAUUUUUAUUUACCCGACAUUUGAGAAAUGUACCAGACCCAUAUGCGCAUCACUAGCCUAUGUCAAUCUACUAUAGUAGAAAAGUUUAGGCUACCUAUUCUAUUGGCCAGCUUGUCGAGAAAGAAAUUGCCUAUUCCAAACAGACUCUGGGAUAGUUGUGAGAUGAUAGAUCCCAAAUUCAUACAACCAGUAGGCCUCGGCUACAUAAAAAACAACAACGUUAAAACGCAUUGAAUCACAGCAUUUAGCAAAACAUUUUCAGAAACUAUUAUUUCUUCACAUUAUAAGCUCAGCAAUGCACACAAGGCAGUAGGCUACGCGUGAAUGUUCUUUCGAUAAUGCAAUUAGCGAUGAAAAUAUCCUUUAGAAAUGUAGAAAGCGAGGAGAUCAAAUAGUCUAUUUUGAAGCAAGGUAAGACAUUUUCAAAAUGCAUACUGCCUCCAUCUCAUUGCAAAGUGGUGUGUGACGUGCUGAUGAAGCCUGCCUUCCGUUGUGGUUUGAUGCCGCGUUCAAAACAGCUGGGAACUCUGAAAUCUCUGACUUCAAGACAAUUGGGAACUGGAAGAAAAACGAGCUCCGACUGGGGAAAAAUUGGUUUGAGCGGUCAUCCAACUCGGGAACUUGGGCCUCUUUCUAGAGCUCUGACUUUCCGACCUGAAGAUCACUGACGUCAUGAUUUGAUCUUGUAUUUUUCAGAGUUCCCAGUUGUCUUGAAGGCACCACAAGAUGCUGCAGCAGCAGCUCUUGUGCUGUCUGACAGAUUCUCCACUAAAAGUCUCUGUAUCUGUAUGCUGUACGUGUGUGAUAAAUAAGAUACAUAACGAAUAGACUGUACACAAGCGCCAAUUUAAUUCCACUAAAUUAUGCAAAUUAACCUAUAGACCGAUAAGCAUGACCAGUCAAAUCUAUUUCCAUCCAUGAAUAGGCUAAAAAGCAUUAUUUCGCAAUGGGAUUUUUUUCUUCUUCUACCGAACAAUUGGCCGGCUGCAAUUUAAUUUAUUGGCUUUUCAAUUUUUUCUAUCUGACAAAAGACUGCUAUUACCAGCUGACGGAAACCCUGACACACACACACACCUGUACAGCGCUAUGUUGUGAUACACACACGCACACCUACUAAUACCACAUACAGCACUAAGGUAGUCCACACAUACAAACGUUCACACUUUGACCUGUCCUGUCCUGUCUGUUGUCUUGUGUUAAACAGGUGAUGUUGCUGGCCAACCCCAGUCUAGAGGAGCUCUACCAUAAGUCCUGUGCUCUGGCUGAGGACCCCCAAGAACUUAGAGACUCCUUCCAGCACCCCGCCCGCCUCAUCAAGGUCAGUUAGGUGUCAACCACUCUGGUUUGUACAGUACGUUGUAGUUAUGGAGUUAGUCCCAUGGCUUAGGCUUGUUUUUUGACUUCUCUUGUUUCUCUUUUCAAUUUAUCUCUCUCGCUCUCACUCUCGCUCUCUCUAUCCUUCUCGCUCUCUAUCCUUCUCGCUCUCUAUCCUUCUCGCUCUCUCUCUGUAUCGCUCUCGCUCUCUCUCUCCUUCUCGCUCUCUCUCUCUCUCCUUCUCGCUCUCUCUCUCUCUCUCCUUCUCGCUCUCUCUCUCUCUCUCUAUCCUCGCUCUCUCUCUCUCUAUCCUCGCUCUCACUCUCUCUCUCUUUAAAAAAAAAUAUAUAUAAUCAGUUCCUAGUGGGGAUGCGGGGUAAGGACGAGGCCAUGGCUAUUGGGGGUCACUGGUCCCCCUCCCUGGAUGGAGCGGAGCCUGAGAAGGACCCGGCUGUGCUCAUAAAGACAGCCAUACGCUGUUGUAAGGCCCUCACAGGCAUAGACCUGAGUCUCUGCACUCAGUGGUAAGUCCUGCUCUUUUCCUCAACCUCCUUUCUCUCUUUUCUGUCUCGAUGGUGUUUCUCUAUAUAACUAGGCCUGUGGUAAUAUUAUUACAAAAAAAUACAAAUUGCGACGGUCCGUGAUGGUUUUCUUACCUUCCAACACUUAAUAUCGAUCUCUGACACUUUGGAUGGGUGCUUUUUUUUUGGGGGGUGGGGGGGUGGGGGGGGGUUGUUUUUUGGACAUUAAUUACUAUUAUUCUGUCAUUUGAUUUGCCUGUUAAUCAUUUUUUGUUUCGCAAUAUGUCCCUUUGGCUUCCGUAUGAUGCCGUCCUGAUUUUCAAUAUCUUUGUAUAUCUAUGUGGUGGAUGAAUGAGUGAAUGCAUUGAUUCUGUGGCUUGAAGAGCAGUCUCCCGGACGAGAAGACGCCACAAUUACUUUUUCGGGUUAAUUUUUUUCCCCCUUUUAUUCUGUUAAAUAUCUUACAUAUUUAACUUCUUGCUUUCACUGUCCUGUCCUCUGAUUCUGUGUCUUCUCUCAAACUCUCCCGUCCGUGAGGUCGUAACGCAGAAAUACUGAGCUUUAAUUGGCUGAAGGCGAGGGUUGGGGUGGUUUUGGGGGUGUUACCAGGGGUAAUGUUUUUCUGUCAAAUUUCCCAAAAUGGCCACCGUUACCCCUGACAACCAAUGGAGAGCUGUGGACUGGGUUCCAUUAUGCUAAUUGUGUGUUCUGUGUGUUGGGGGGAUACUGUAACAAUUUCAAAAGUCAUUGGGGGGGAAUGUAGCCUAGGCUAGCCCUAGCCCUGUUUUUAAGAGAUGUGUGUCCCUGACCCGAAUGUUUCUUUCCAAUGCGCCUUCUUCCUUUGCGACAGGUAUCGUUUUGCAGAGAUUCGCUAUCAUCGCCCUGAGGAGACUCACAAGGGGCGGACAGUGCCCGCACAUGUGGAGACAGUGGUUUUGUUUCUCCCGGAUGUUUGGCAUUGUCUUCCUACCCGCUCAGAGUGGGAGGGGCUGUCGCGGGGACUCCGGGAACAGCUGGCUGAGAAGCUGUCCGCCGAGAGGAAGGAGGCUGAUGGAGAACAGGCACUGAACCGCUAAUCCUUCUCUUCUCAUUUCCCCCGCUUCUCACAGGACGAACACAGCCACAGGAUAUUCACUAGACACAACAACCUCAGAUACACACACUACAUAUGUUAUACCCACCUAAAUACACACAAUACAGGCAGAAUACUGAACUACCAGACCCCCUUUAGGUUCAGUUCCUCUCCUACCGUCCUGCUACCUGCUCCUACCCCCACCCUCCCUGCUCUACACCCCCACCCGCCCUCACACUCGGCAGACACACAGUGGAAGGAGACUAGGUCGUAUCUGAAUGAUACAGCCGCAACUGGCCAAUCAGCUUCCAGCUCUAGAAAUGACUCAUAAUUCGGUACCAAACUGGAUAUAGCUUAAGUUUUAAUUUACUUCAUUUGCUUGUGUUAUUAUCACAAUUAAUCAAAAAUGAACCUGCUUGGAAUUGUCUACUUGCAUGUGGGGUGGAUAAAAUUACAUUUGAUUCUUUGCUUGGAACCACUGAGGAUUCUAAAAGAGAAUGCUGGAACCUGCAGAGCCAGUUGCGUUGACAUGUUUGUGUGUUCUAGAUUUUGAUUCCUUUUUAUGAUAAUUUGUUUACUUCAAUAUCUGCUGAAUUCGAAAGGAGAGAAAAGCCCCUCUAAGUUCUGUCUCUUGUCUGUCCCUGUUUUUGAUUGGACUGUAUCUAGAGCUUGGUUUGUUCCAGGGCAGUUGGUUGGACAGAAGGUCUUCUAUGAUCUUCUAGAACCUAAACAAAACCAAAAGAAUGCAGAAUCCAGAACUAUCCUGAAUCAGAAUCCAUGCUAAAUUAGGAUGGCUAGCUAGACAGUUAGGCUAUAUGCUGAGUUUGGGGGCACCAGCUUUGAGCUGAACCUGAUGUACCUACCACUACACAGACCACACCCCCUUUGGAACCCACUGUCAUUGAUUUACCUUUUUGUGUUCCACAGAACGUGAUUGAUUGGCCGCUGGGGGGCGGGGCAUUGGUUUUCCGUGGGUUUGAUAAAGGUUUUAUUAUAAAGAACUAGAGGGUGGUAUCCCUGUGUUACCUACCUACCCACCCUGCAGUAGCAGAGGACUACUUUAUCAUCUCAGAGCAACUCACUAGGACCAGAGAAACUAUCAGAGACACAGGAUGUGAACCUUGCUUCUUGCACGGAUCAACUUUUUUUUUUACUAGUUAAAACGGCAGAAGAAGUGUUUUAAUGGUCCCUCUCUCUUUCUUUCUGUCUUGGUUGGAUGGGUCUUUCUCAAAGGAGGAAGAGGAGAAGGAUGAAGAAGAUUCGAAGGAGGUGACCACUCCGACACACUGGGCUAAGCUUGAUCCGAAAUCAAUGAAGGUAGGAUACUCAUGGAUUUGAUUGUUGAAUAGCCUAUACUUGAGAAAUGACUGAAUACUACUCAGUCAGUACAAAGUUAACUACUUUGACUUUCAAAACCACUUAGCAGAUACUUUUAUUCAAACAGUUUUACAGUACAGUGAGUGCAUAGUCAAAAGAAAUGUAUGUGUAUGGUGAUGAGUGGCGCAGUGGUCUAAGGCACUGCAUCGCAGUGCUAACUGUGCCACUAGAGAUCCUGGUUCGAAUCCAGGCUCUGUCGCAGCCGGCCGCGACCGGGAGACUCAUGGGCGGUGCACAAUUGGCCCAGCGUCGUCCAGGGUAGGGGAUGGAAUGGCCGGCAGGGAUGUAGCUCAGUUGAUAGAGCAUGGCGUUUGCAACGCCAGGGUUGUGGGUUCGAUUCCCACGGGGGGCCAGUAUAAAAAAAAUAAAAAAUGAAAAAUAUUUUUAAAAAUAUGUAUUCACUAAAACUGUAAGUCGCUCUGGAUAAGAGCGUCUGCUAAAUGACUAAAAAUGUAAAUGUAAAAAAAAUUAUCACUGCAGGAAAUGCCACAACCUUGGCACUGCUAGCAAGUCAGGCAGGAUACUUUUUUCUUCUGACGUACUAUUAGCGGUUUUGGUUUAGUCAGUUCCCCACGUCCUCGUCUCCCUAGCCACGCAACAUCACAACCAUCCUAACAAUAGACUAAUCACAAGUCAUGACAGUGCAUUCCUAUCUAUAAUUAGCUCCUCCACAGGGCUUGUAUUUUGCUGUAGUUUCCUGGUGUGCUUAUUUUUUGUUAUGUACUUAUGUAUUGUUUGGCUCAUUCCUGUGGUGAUGUAGUUAUGUGGUGUGUUGACUGAUGUGUUGCUGUAGUGAUGUGUUGAUAUAUUGAUUUCUGUGUUGCUGUGUAGUAAAGUGAUACAAAAGAAGCAGCUUCCACAGUCUCCGUACUGCUCACUGCGUACUGCUUACUGCACACUGCAUACUACUCACUUGCAACGUUUGUUCAGCACAAAAUAGUUUUAAACAAUGUGACAGGAGCUUCCACUUUUGAAUCACAUUGCAUAUCCAAUCCUAACACGAGACAUUCUAGAUGUGCGAGUUCCUAACUUUUCAAAAUGUGUAAUAAAAUAAUGCUUAAUGAUGAACUGACCAACCACCUCUCCUCUGUAGGUGAAUGACCUUCGUAAGGAGUUAGAGUCCCGCUCCCUGAGCUCUAAGGGGUUAAAGUCCCAGCUGAUUGCCCGUCUCACCAAGCAGUUGAAGGUGGAGGAGCAGGUGGAGGAGUCCAAGGAGCCCGAGAUACCGGAGAGCCAGGCCCCGGAGGAGGAGGCGCCUCAACUCAUGGAGGAGGACAGAGAGGUACAGUACAGGAAGUUAGGGUACUUAAGACUAGGACACUUACAACUAGUUCACGUACUUAUAGACAGAAGCACCAAAGCUGGACAGAGGUAUGCUUUUAGUGCACUAAGCUCCCGAGUGUCGUAGCGGUCUAAGGCACUGCAUCUCAGGGCUUGAGGCGUCACUACAGACCCCCUGGUUUGAUUCCAGGCUGUAUCACAACCGGCCGUGAUUGGGAGUCCCAUAGGGCGGCGCACAAUUGGCCCAGUGUCGUCCGGGUUUGGCCGGUGUAGGCCGUCAUUGUAAAUAAGAAUUUGUUCUUAACUGACUUGCCUAGUUAAAUAAAGGUAAAAUAAAUAAAAAACUUAGGGACAGGUAGCACACUUACCAACAGCAUCACCAUGGAUGGCUUACUAGAAUGGAUCCACUGAUUACUUGUUUCUGAUUAUCCAUCUCUCCAUCUCUCUCUGUCCGUCCAUCAGGAGGAGGAGAGGAAGAAGCAGGAGGAGUUGGAGCGCCAGCGCAGAGAGAAGCGUUACGUCCUGCCAGACGAGCCCACCAUCAUCGUACACCCCAACUGGGCGGCCAAGAGCGGAAAGUUUGACUGCAGCGUCAUGUCUCUGAGCGUGCUGCUGGACUACAGACUGGAGGACAACAAGGAACACUCCUUCGAGGUGAGACAACACACACACAUUCAGGACAUACACACACACACACACUUUUACACUCAUGUGGUCCUCUGUAGCUCAACUGGUAGAGCACGGCGCUUGUAACGCCAAGGUAGUGGGUUCGAUCCCCGGGACCACCCAUACACAAAAAAAUAAAUAAUGUAUGCACGCAUGACUGUAAGUCGCUUUGGAUAAAAGCGUCUGCUAAAUGGCUUAUUAUUAUUAUUAUUAUUAUUAUUUAGAUGCCUAGAAGUACAGAUUUGCAUCAAAUAUCUCUGUCUCCUCUUCUCUCCAGGUGUCUCUGUUUGCGGAGCUGUUUAACGAGAUGCUACAGAGAGACUUUGGCUACAGGAUCUUCAAGGCCCUGGCCUCUGUGCCCUGCAAGGACGACAAGAAGGACAAGGCCAAGAGAGAGGCGGGGCAGAGAGAGGCGGGGCAGAAGGGGGAAGUUAAGAAAGACGAGGAGAAGAGUGGAGAGCCGGCUAUGAAGAAGGCAAAAGAAGAGGAACCGGAGAAGAAGGUGGGUGGUUCAUAGCUCUUGAAGGUGAAUUGUAUUCAUAUUGACAGUUUUACUAGAUCAUGAAGCAGUUUACAGUUUAAGUUUACUCCAUGAUUCAAAUGCUCGGUUUUUCAAACGGCCUGCUAGUUCUAACUGUCAUUUCCUUUCCAAACCCAGGAGGAGGGUGAGGGUGAGGAGGAGGGUGAGAAGGAGGGCGAGAAGGAGGAGGAGGAGAAGAAGAAGAAGGAAGAGGAAGAGAAGGUGCUGAAAAAGGAGGAGUCUAUAGAGGAGAAGGAGGAAGAUGAGAGCAGCAACAAUAAUGCUGAGGAGUACGACCCUCUGGAGGCCGAAGACGACGACGAUGAAGAUGGUACAUAUGAUUCUGCACUGACACUCCUGUCCUGUCCUCUCAUUCUGCACUGACACUCCUGUCCUGUCCUCUCAUUCUGCACUGACACUCCUGUCCUGUCCUCUCAUACUGCACUGACUCUCCUGUCCUCUCAUUCUGCACUGAUACUCUCCUGUCCUGUCCUCUCAUUCUGCACUGACACUCCUGUCCUGUCCUCUCAUUCUGCACUGAUACUCCUGUCUUGUCCUCUCAUUCUGCACUGACACUCCUGUCCUCUCAUUCUGCACUGACACUCCUGUCCUGUCCUCUCAUUCUGCACUGAUACUCUCCUGUCCUGUCCUCUCAUUCUGCACUGAUACUCUCCUGUCCUGUCCUCUUAUUCUGCACUGACUCUCCUGUCCUGUCCUCUCAUUCUGCACUGAUACUCUCCUGUCCUGUCCUCUCAUUCUGCACUGAUACUCUCCUGUCCUGUCCUCUCAUUCUGCAUUGAUACUCUCCUGUCCUGUUCUCUCAUUCUGCACUGAUACUCUCCUGUCCUGUCCUCUCAUUCUGCACUGACUCUCCUGUCCUGUCCUUUCAUUCUGCACUGAUACUCUCCUGUCCUGUCCUCUCAUUCUGCACUGACACUCCUGUCCUGUACUGUCCUCUCAUUCUGCACUGACACUCCUGUCCUGUCCUCUCAUUCUGCACUGACACUCCUGUCCUGUCCUGUCCUCUCAUUCUGCACUGACACUCCUGUCCUGUCCUCUCAUUCUGCACUGUCCUCUCAUUCUGCACUGACACUCUCCUAUCCUCUCAUUCUGGACUGACACUCCUGCCCUGUCCUCUCAUUCUGCACUGACAUUCCUGUCCUGUCCUCUCAUUCUGCACUGUCCUCUCAUUCUGCACUGACACUCUCCUGUCCUCUCAUUCUGGACUGACACUCUCCUGUCCUGUCCUCUCAUUCUGGACUGACAAUCUCCUGUCCUGUCCUCUCAUUCUGGACUGACACUCUCCUGUCCUGUCCUCUCAUUCUGGACUGACACUCUCCUGUCCUGUCCUCUCAUUCUGGACUGACACUCUCCUGUAUCUCUCUUCCAGUUUAUGCGGUGUGAUUUCAAUAGAAGGGCCAAUCUGAUCGACUUCCCUCCUUUUUCUCUCUCCUCUGUUAUGAUCUAUUUCUCUCCAUCCCUCUCAGGUAAAGACGAUGAGGACAGGAGAGACGACAGGAAGUCCAAAGAGGGGUCCUCUAAAGACAAGGAGAAGAAGCAGAUGGUGACCUACAACAAGGACCUGCUCAUGGCCUUUGUCUACUUUGACCAGAGUCACUGUGGCUACCUGCUGGAGAAAGACCUGGAGGACAUCAUGUACACACUGGGGUUACAUCUGUCCAGAGCUCAGGUAUAUACAAACACACACACACACACACACACGGGGCUUAUACCUGUCUAGAGCUCAAGGUUACAUACGCCCGUCUUACCCUUUUUACAUUUGUCACAAUAUAUGUGAUUGAUAAUUAGUUAGCCCUACUUAUAACGUUGAUUAAUUUGCAGGUAAAGAAGUUGUUGAACAAGCCGGUGGUGAGAGAGUCGUGUUACUACCGUAAACUGACGGACGCAGCUAAAGACGAGGCUGCUCCUUCCUUCAGUGAAGCCCUGCUGGACAACCUGCUAGGUGAGUGAAGGAGACACUGGAGUGGGUUAUUAAUUCUCUUUUUGACUCGUCUCAAAGCAUUUUAAAGCUUUACUAAUGUUGAUCAGAAUAAUCUAUUCUUUCACCAGUGAUUUAGGUGAAUAUCUAACAUCAUAGUAAGAACUGACCUACUGUGGUUUAUUUUGAGUCCAACACUCUCUUACCUCUCUGUCUCCACCUCUCUGUCUCCACCUCUCUGUCUCCACCUCUCUAUCUCCACCUCUCUCUCCCUCUUUCUUUACCUCUUUCUACCUCUCCCCUCUCUUUCCCUAUUUCCCUCUCUCUCUCCUCCCUCCUCAGGUAACCGUGCGUUGCUGCCCAUGCUUGUGUCUCGUGGCCAGGCAGCGCCAGCGGAGGCUAGUGAGUCAGGAGGAGGCAGCAGACUGAUAGUGUAUAAUGGAGCCAUGGUGGACGUGGGCAGUAUGAUGCAGAAACUGGACAAGAGUGAGAAGGCCAGGGAGGAGAUAGAGCAGAAACUCAUGGUGCAGGACUCCAAGAUGGGUAGGACAAUCCACUUACCUCUCCAAUUCACAUAAUCCUAAUUUAAAAACACCAAAUUCAAACUUUAAUGAAACUCCCCUAUUGAUAUCAACACACAACUGUGUUUACCAGUGUGUCUCAAGUUAGGAUUCAGACCUGAUAUUUGUAAUAAAGGUUCAACUUGAAGUACAGCAUUUUGUUCCUUUAUUCAAGGUGGUGGCAAUCUCUCUCUCUCUCACUCCCUCUCUGUCUCUCUCUUCUCUCUCUCUCGGAAAACAUAUUGUACAAAUGUCUUGAAAUGGAAAUAACAUUGACAAUGCAUAAGGUUAUUUUUCAUACAUUUUAUCAUUCAUUUGUGUGACCUGUAGCUAUAUGUGUGUGUGUGUGUGCGUUCCAGUGGAGGACACCAAGCAGAUCUUCCAGCUGGUAUCUGCUAACAGAGUCCUGUCUAAAGAUCUGGAGGUGGUGAAGGGAACCCUGGGCCAGACAGAGAACAACCUCAGGACCACAGAGGAACAGAACACGGUCUACCACUACCAGCUUAGCAAGACACUCAACAACCUGGGCAAUGCCAUGAAGGAACUUCAGGGAGUCCUCAAGAAGGUACGAUUGAUUGACUGGUUGAUUUAUUUAUUCGUAGACAUGAGUUGGUUUUAGAUUUGUGAUAAUUUGUUACGUAAAAGAGAGAAGUUAGAAAGAACAUACCAGUUGCUGGUGGAUCGGGUUAGUUGGGAGAUUUGCGGAUCUUGAAUUGAAUUUAUUUGGGUAAAAACAUAUACAGCAAGAUGUAUACUGAACAAAAAAUAUAAACGCAACAUGCAACAAUUUCAAAGAUUUUACUGAGUUACAGUUCAUAUAAGGAAAUCAAUCAAUUGAAAUGAAUUCAGUAGGCCCUAAUCUAUGGAUUUCACAUGACUGGGAAUAGAGAUAUGCAUCUGUUGGUCACAGAUAUCUUUUUAAAAAUGGGCCUCAGGAUCUCGUCACGGUAUCUUUGUGCAUUGAAAUUGACAUAGAUAAAAUGCAAUUGUGUUCGUUGUCCGUAGCUUAUGCCUGCCCAUACCAUAACCCCACUGCCACCAUGGGGCACUGUUCACAACGUUGACAUCAGCAAACCGCUCGCCCACACAACGCCAUACACGUGGUCUGCGGUUGUGAGGCCUGUUGGACGUACUGCCAAAUUCUCUAAAACAACGUUGGAGGCGGCUUAUUGUAGAGAAAUGAACAUUACAUUCUCUGGCAACAGCUCUGGUGGACAUUCCUGCAGUCAGCAUGCCAGUUGCACGCUCCCUCAACUUGAGACAUCUGUGGGGUUGUGUGACAGAACAGCACAUUUUAUAGUGGCCUUUUAUUGUCCCCAGCACAAGGUGCACCUGUGUAAUGAUCAUGCUGUUUAAUCAGCUUGUUGAUAUGCCACAACUGCCAGGUGGAAGGAUUAUCUUGGCAAAGAAGAAAUGCUCACUAACGGGGAUGUAAACAAAUUUGUGCACAACAUUUGAGCGAAAUAAGCUUUUUGUGCUUACGGAAAAUGUCUGGGAUCUUUUAUUUCAGCUCAUGAAACAUGGGACCAACACUUUACAUGUUGCGUUAAUAUUUUUGUUCAGUAUACAUUGUAUAUCCAGAGGAAAGCACUUCAACUUAUUAAUUAAAACACUUGUUUCCAAAGUGGUCCUCUAUGGUAAAGUUUAGGAUUUGUGCUAUAAUCAGCUGUGUGAUAAGACAACAAUGUACUUGUCUUACAAGUUCGAAGUUUCACUAUCUUACAUAAUGAAUUCAUAAGCAGUACAGUUAUAAUAUGGACUGUUCAUAAAGAAAUCAUUAGUUUGUCCAACAGAAGGUUGUUCUGUUUUUGUAUGUUGAAAUUAACUGAGCAAUUCUUGUUUCUCUCAUUCCAGGAGGUUCCCACAGAAGCCGCCCCUGACCAAAUAUCCCUAACAACGAAUGGCUCGGACGAAUUAAUGAAGGAGUUGGACAGUGAAUGA